AUGAGAAAACAUUUAAAUUUCAAGGAGGAAUUAUCUAGUAAAAAAGGGGUUGUGAGAAGGUUUUCCAAAGUUAGAAAAAGGAUUGCAGAUAAAAGAGAUGAACGUGCACGAGGGUCAUCAGAUUCACAUACGGGAGUGAAAGCGAAAUAUUUCAUUCGUUAUCGAUUUCCGUAUGGUCAUUUGCCUCAAAAUGUGACGCAGGCACAAAUAAAAAUGAUAAAAGAGCGAAGAAAACAAUGGGAAAAAAGCAUGAGUGACGUAUAUAUAAGAACCAUCAAAAGAAUUUUGGUAUCUAUUAAAAGACAUGAUGCCGAAAGGAUUUAUACGAUUAUUGAAAACGUUUUAUAUCAACCAGACUUAUUCAGGUGUCUCUCUAUUUUAGAGAUACGGAAGCUUGCAGAAUUUUUCUCCAAAAAACAUCCAUCAUAUGCCAUUGCUAUCCUGGAAGCGGCAAGAGAUUAUGAGUUGGGAUUGAGUCAUCAGGAUUAUAGCAUGAUGCUCAAAUUAUAUAGAAUGUUAGAAGAUCAUCAUAUUGGUGCCAUGUAUACCCUCGAUAUCUUAAAAGCUCAAGGGUUUAAUCCAAGUUUGGAAGAUUAUCUUAACCUUUUAAACGUUUUAAUCAUGAAGGGUGUCAGUUUGCAACAAGUGCUGAAUUAUAUCGAAGAGAUGACAGCAAAAAAUUUUCAAAUGGACUAUUAUGUCACUUCACUUCUAAUCGAUAGACUGAUGGAACAAAAUAAUAUAGCAGUAGCUGGCGAUUUAUUUAUGAGCAUGAUAACGAAAAGGCAAACAACUCAUGGGUUGAUUCUUCCAGAAAUAUUUAUGCGACAACAGGAAGGUGAAGAAUCUUCAAGAGAUUUGUCUUUAUACGUUACGAUUUACAGUGUACUAAUUCAAACAUUUAUUAGUCAUGAUCAUUAUGAUAAGGCUAUGGAAUUUUAUUGGAAACUUUUGGAUAAACAGCCAUCACCUGAUGAUCAAAUUGUAGAGAUGAUGAUUUCCGCUUGCUUAGUUAGAAAUGAUGCCAAGACCGUGCAGAAAUUUUUACAGCAUACACAAACUCCAGCAAUAAGUCAUGUGUAUUUUCAAGCGAUGGGUCAUUGCAUCAAGAACAGGAAUUUCAAAGAUUUAUUCAAGUUGUAUGAAAUCUCUUGGGAGAAAAACGUUAUCUUUACAGAACAAGAAUAUCAUAAUUUAAUAUACUCAUUAUACAUAGCGGACUGUGUAACGGACGCUUUUAGGGUUUACAAGGAUGCAAGAUCAAAAGGAUUACUUUCAAGCGAUCUUUUUAUACAUAAUAAGUUGUUGCGAGCCUUGUUAAAAUAUGAAAGAACAAAAGAUGUGGGAUUUAUCAAACAAGAGAUGGAAGAUUUAGGAAUAAAGUCGGAUCUUGAAACGUAUGGGAUCUUGAUCCAAUUGUCCGCGAUGCAGCGCGAACCCGAGAAAGCCGAGACGAUUUUUCGUGAAAUCCAUCAAUCAGGAUUAUCAUUAGAUUAUACGAUAUUUUCUUCCUUGAUCAAAUGUUUUGCGGAUCUAGGGGAUUUGGAAAAAUCCAAAAAAGCAUUAAAUUUAAUGUACAAAUCGGGGUUUAAACCAACGAUCAAUGAUUACAAUAAUUUAAUCAGAGCGGCAGGAAAAUUAACGAAUUACGAAGUCAAGAAGAUUGGCAUUCUUAUUUUACGUGGUAAUCGUAAUAAACACAAGCUUACACCGAAUAUUGAUACCUAUAAUUGCUUUUUAGAAUCUUAUUUGGCGUCAAAUUUUUUAUCGGUUGCGAAAAAGAUUUGUAAAACCAUAAUCAAGGAUGGAUUUGAAUUUAAUUUAGAAACGUUUCAUAUAUUAUUUAGACACUGUUACAUAAUACAAGGACACAAAGCGGCUUUUGAAUUCUUUUAUGAUCAAUUAGAAUAUAAUGAAUUAGAACCAUCCGUUUACACGUGGAAUCUAUUGAUGGAGAAAGCUAUUGAAUCCAAGAGUCCAAAGAUCAUAAGACAAAUUUAUUCCGAAUUAUAUAAAAGAGGGAUUAAAUUAAACCGAACUUCAUUAUAUAGUAGAUUAAUUUCAUUUUGGGGAUAUGAAAAAGAAUAUCCUGAAGCUGAAGCAGUUCUAGAUCAUUUGAGAGUCGGAAGAGCAGAUGAUUAUGAGUUGAUUAAUUCGAUCGAUGAGCUUGUCAAGAUUUAUAUCAUUCAUAAACAUUAUCAUAAGGCAGAAAAUCUUUGGAAAUUGAUCCAAAUUGAAAGAUUAAUUCCCAAUGAAAAUUUAUAUAAUAAUUUAAUUAAAUUAUACACAUUAAUGGAAAAUGAUGAUGAAUUACGAAAGGUUUAUAAGGUCAUUAGUGAUCAAGAAUAA